GGAAUUUGUAUUUCGCAAGCACAAUUUCGGACUAUUCCUCUUUUUUCUUCUACUGAAAUUUGCGAUUGAAGAUGAAGGUUCAUGAAACGAGAUCAGACGCUCGUUGCUCUGGUGAUCAGGAAAGAGUGGCGACAAGGAAGCACAAGGCUGAGGCCAAAGCAAGCGAAGGCGGAUCCGAUCAUUGGGCAAAGAGGGCCAAAACUGUGGCUGAGGAGAGAGCUGAGGAUGUGAAGAAGGCAAAAGCCAAGGGUAAGGAGCAAGCCGAGGAUGUGGAGAAGGAAAAUGGGAAUGAGAAGUCUACAGAGGAGAUCAUAGCAGAGUUUGAGAAGUUCUGUAAAGCCAUGAGCGAGCAUCUGUCACUUCAGCAGAUGCGUGAGAUUCUGGAGGCAAAUGGCGGAGUGAAUGAUGUUGUAGUCCCUGGAUGUCAAGAUGUUCUAUUUUGUGGGACGUUAGACAAAUGUCCUGCUUGUGGUGGCACUUCGAAGAUGUCCUAGAGGAACUUUUCAAGUUCGGAUGUAUAUACUGUGUGGUCUAGCUACACCUUUACCUCUGACAGAGUCUGUCAGAUCAAAGAUUAAGAAAGCUCGGGGGAAGGUUGUCAAAUCGGUGAUGGGCUCGUUUAUGAUACUGUUCGCCUGUCUUAGGUACUAAGCAGCUUAGGGUGUGUGCCACUUUACAGGGGCGACUUGCCUGAUCGUGUCUCCAGAAGCUGAGCGGGAACGUGGUGGCAGACUGAGGCAAUGUGAGAAUUGCUGAGCAUUUCAUUGUGUUUAUCUCCUGGUAGGACUUGGGAGUUCAGGGGAUUUGAUGCUGGUGUUUUGCUUCAAAUCAAUUGUUCCGAGACAUGAUUUCAUGGAUAAGGGAAUACACUUGAAGAGAUGCAAGAGCUAUUUCUCAAACUGUUGCUUUAUAUCAGGAUGAUAGUUGGCAUUCCUGACUGUGUAUGAUGAUAAUGACCGAUUGAGGAUAUUCCACCGGAAUUAGCACAUGCACAAAGGACGAUGCUACGAUCUAUAUUAGAUCGGUGUAAGAAGUUGGAUUGCUCUGUCCCUCCAAUUGAAAAUAGACACUGACAACUACAAGAUGGUUGCCAAUUUGUUGCAGACGUUUGCCUUCAUUUUGUUACUGGUGGGAGUUGCAUCUUUAGGUGAAGUUGUUACAGAGCUAACUGGUGCUCUAGAGGCACAUGGAUUGAUCACUAAUCUCAUCGGCGCAUUCAUGUUUCAUUCUUAUCAUGGUAUAAUUGUCCAGCCAACAUGAUACGGGCUCUGCAAAUGACGCAGCAGAGCUGGUAAAGAAGAAACGCGAACUGGACGAGUCAGAGCAUUCUACCUCAAUGAGUAGGCCAUCUACGACCCAAAGCAAGUGAUGGCCGCGCACUACAUACUGAAUAUAGUCGAAUAUCAUUUCGUAUGUCGCUUAUUGUUCAGGUUCGUAUAAGGUCCAUAGUGGCUAUGAAGUUCGAGGAGACGGAUAUUGAGUAUGAUACUGCUUACUGCUGCCAGAGUCUGAAUAGCGCUAGCCGUUCCUAACUAUUGAAGUACAUGGUUUUGUUUCUUCCCUUUGGAUGAGGAGUGAGUACCUUAUGGGAGUGAUAGGUGUGACAAAGUGUUAGUUCCUUUGAAUCUCACUCUUGGUAAUAUGUUCCCUUUUCUUUUCAAAGAACUUAACAUAAGUUGAGAAGUA